AUGCCGCCCAAGUUUGUGCCCCGCGAUCGCAAGAAGGGCAGGAUCGCCAAAGCCAAAGCAAAGAACUCGCACUCGCACGACGAACCCGAAGACGCAAACGCCGCCGAAAUCGUCCCUCCCACGCCGUCAGAAAAGGAAGCCCGUCGCACUGCACUCCAAGCAGAGAUUCGCGCUCAGAACAGCACCACAGUAAUCUCUGGCAAGAAAAAGAAGAGGUUGGACAAGUACAUCGACAACAAGCUCAAGAAGGAGGAAAACUUGGCUCUGAUCAAGAAACUCGCCGCGCAAAAGGUCGAUACGAGUUUGUUGCUGAGUUCGAAGAAGCUUGGAAGAGGUGGAGAGUCUGCGAGGGAGAGACUGGAGAGGGCUUUGAGAGAGAAAGAGCAAGGGAUCAACCUUGAAGCCAACGAUGCUAUUCUGUUUGAGCAACGAAAGAGGCCGGCGCUUGAGUUGGAGAGCGAGUCUGAGGACGACCAGACUUCGACACCGCAAGUCAACGGUUCAAAAUCCGCUCCUGCCAAAGCUUUAGCACCAGCGCCUGCGCCAGCGUCAGGCAAGGGCGGGCUNUUCGCCGCUGGCCAGGGCUUGUUUGGCAGUGGCCUGAAGAGGCCGCUCGAGACAGAUGAAGAAGGAAAGCCUGUCAUCAAGAGCAGGAAACGCACAAAGGUUGUCACCAAGUCUGCCCCUGUAGUCGCCCAAGAGCCUGAAUGGGAUGGCUUCUCCGGCGACGAGACCGCCGAAGACGACGAAGAUGAGGAUGAGAGUUCAGAAGAGGACAUCGAAGAGGGCGAGGAAGACUCCGAAGAGGAUGAGGAGGACAAUGACGACCAAGACUCGGAAGACUCAGAUGAAGACUCGGAAGAAGAGUCGGACUCGGACGAGGACAUGGAAGAUGCAGAGGCCGUCAAAGAAGCGCAGAAGGCUCGUUCGUCUGCCUUCAAGAUGUGGGCCACCGAGCAACGAAAUCAGGCCAUAGGCUUUGUUCCCUCGACAAAUCUCGACACCGUAAACUCGACGACGGUCAAACAACCAACAAACUUCGUCCCUCGCGCUCCUUCACCAGAAACUCUCCCUCCUGAACUCGCCGUAUCCGCCACCACAGAGUCAGACAACCGUCCUGCCGUCAGUUUGGUCAUCCCUCGCACCCCCGAAAUCCAAGAGGCGAGAUUGAAGUUGCCUGUUGUGCAAGAAGAACAAAAGAUCAUGGAAGCCGUUCACAACAACAACGUCCUUGUCGUUUGGGGUGCUACUGGUUCCGGUAAAACAACCCAAGUUCCCCAGAUGAUGUUCGAAAGUGGCUACGGCAGCAAGAUCGGACAAACAGACGGAGAGGGCAAGGCCAAGGGCAUGAUUGGUGUCACUCAGCCUCGUCGUGUCGCUGCUGUCAGUGUGUCAGAGCGUGUGGGCACUGAACUGUGCGACUUGAAAGACCGCGUCGGUUAUCAGAUUCGUUUCGACACCACCGUCUCGAAGAACACUGCCAUCAAGUUCAUGACUGACGGUAUCCUGCUGAGAGAAAUCGCCAACGACUUCAUCCUGUCCAGAUACUCUGCUAUCGUUAUCGAUGAAGCCCAUGAACGCUCCGUCAACACCGACAUUCUGAUUGGUAUGAUGAGCAGAAUCGUGGACCUUCGUGCUCAGAUGGCAAAGGAGGAGCCUGAGAAGUAUUACCCUCUGAAGCUGGUCAUCAUGAGUGCCACUCUCCGCAUCACCGAUUUUACCGAAAACACUCGCCUCUUCAGAAAUGGUCCACCUCCGAUUGUCAAGGCAGAGGGCAGACAAUUCCCUGUCACUGACCAUUUCGCCCGAAAGACAACACACGACUAUGUUGAUGACAUGUUCCACAAGAUCAGCAGAGGUCACAAGAAGCUGCCACCUGGUGGCAUGCUCUAUUUCCUUACUGGCCAGCAAGAGAUCAUUCAGCUCGCAAAGAAAUUGCGUCAAGCAUUCCCUGCCGAUACUGGAAGUCAGGUCAAGCAACCCAGAGUUCAUGUAUCCGCUGCAGACGCACCACUUGAGAUUGAUGACAUGGACGCCGAGGCUCAACCCGUGUCGAGAAGGAACGAUGACGACGAUGACGACUCGGACAUUGAGAUCAGAGGUUUGGAUGAUGAAGAGGACGACAAGGAGUUCGAGAUUGAAGGAGAGGAGCAACCCGUGGAAGCGCUCAGAGUCCAUGUGCUACCUCUCUACUCGCAACUUCCCACCAAGCAACAGCUCAAAGUUUUCGAGGAACCGCCGGCUGGUUCGAGACUGAUCGUUCUUGCCACCAACGUCGCCGAAACAUCUCUUACCAUCCCUGGAGUUCGCUACGUCUUUGAUUGUGGUCGCUCAAAGGAAAAGAAGUACGAAGCAUCGACUGGCGUCCAAACCUUUGAGAUCGAUUUCAUCAGCAAGGCCAGUGCUGCACAGAGAGCCGGUCGUGCUGGUCGUACAGGACCAGGUCACUGUUACCGCCUCUACUCGUCAGCUGUCUACGAGCGCGAUUUCGAAGAAUACGCUAUUCCUGAGAUUCUGCGAUCACCAAUCGAGGGUGUUGUUCUAUCGCUCAAGAACAUGGACAUUCAAACCGUAGUCAACUUCCCCUUCCCGACACCACCUGACCGUAAGGCCCUCGCCAAAGCCGAGAAACUCCUGACCUAUCUCGGAGCUAUCGACGCACACGGCAAGAUCACAGAGACUGGAAAAGAGCUGGCUGCAUACCCCUUGUCACCAAGAUUCGCAAGAAUGCUGUUGCUGGGCAGACGCUACAAUCUCUCCGCGCCCACGAUAGCGCUCGUGGCCUCUCUUGCUGUGCCCGAGCUCUUCAUCCCUCAAACUCAAUACAACCUCGAGAACGCUCCUGAUGAGGAAGAGUCAGAUGACGAGAAUGACACGGCCAGAGAACGCUUUGCCAAGCGCCAAAUCCGGACAGAAGCAGACAACAUCGCCGCCUCGGCAGCAGAAGUCAAGCGAAGGGCAUACGGAAAAGCUCACGCUACACUCUCACGCUGGGACGACCGUAGUGACGCAUUGAAGUUGUUGACAGCAAUGGCCGCAUACUCUGCUUCAUCUUCUCCCGCAUCCUUUUGUUCCGACUACUUCUUGCGUGAAAAGGCCAUGAAGGAAGCCGGUCAACUAAAACAGCAAUUGACAGCCAUCGUGAGAAGUCACUCCCGUACUGGCACUGACGACCCAACACUUUCACAAAAGACCCUCUCACCACCUACCGACAAGCAACGCGCCAUCCUCAAACAGUUCGUCGCAGCCGGAUUCAUCGACCAAGUCGCCGUUCGUGCCGACAUCAUCGGUGUAGCACUAUCCCGCAACCCUCGUCGUGCGAUCGAAGUACCCUACCGAACACUCUUCACCUCCAGCAGUGGCGAUAUCGUAGGCCAAGAUCCCGAAGCCCGCGCCGCAGCCAAACUCUCUUAUGUGCAUCCUUCAUCUGUUUUGGCGAGAUUGACAGUCCCCGAAAUGCCUGAUUAUAUCAUCUACUCGCAUCUCUCGCGUCAAGCACCUUCGCCUCCCUUCGACACGAUACCCAAGACUAGACUUCACCCUCUGACAACGGUGACGGCCAAGCAGUUGGCCAAUCUUGCAGAAGGCACGCCGUUAUUGGAAGUCGGCAAGCCGGUUGGCAAGAUUGAACAAUUGCCUAGAGGUGCUGAUGGUAGAGAGCGCAGAGAAGUCUGGGUUGGUCUGAGUUUGAGAGGAGAAAAGGAAGGUACGCCUUGGCCUGUGGGUGCAAGGAAGGUGGUACAGAAACGCGUUGGUGGUGCCUGGGAAAUUGAGAAAGUCGUUGGCUAG